CUAUCCAACCUUCAGGCCCCUUGCACACCCGCCUGGAUCCAUCUCGCCAAUCACAGCCAGCCUCACAGCCCCCCACCGUCACUGUUUACUGUCCGUCUACGUCAACUCUCCACUCCACGUACGAGUACCCUACCAACCCUAAGGAACCGGAUUUCAGCCCUGUCAGGCGCCCAGGUUCAAAAUGGCCGCGCUGGCUUUCAAAGCAAUAGAUUACGGUGCCGACAGGAUUCCUGACAGAUUCUUCGAAUCCAUUCCAGGUGGCUUCUUCACCCCCGAAGAAAAGAAAAAGAACAAAAAGAAGAGCAAAUCCAACAGAGAUACUCGCAACAAGAGCGAACAGAGACAAUCAGACAGCGACCGCCGACGAUCCCGCCGCGACCAUACCCCUACCACCGAUUAUUCCGACUACAGCGGGUACGACGACACCGACUACGAACGAGAAUAUCGCGACAAACAGCGACGUCGCCGUGCGAAAAGUCUAGGAGCAGAUACACGCGAGGAUACGGGCUCCAGUCGUGGCAGACACACACAGCGCCCUUCUGAAUUUGGCAGCACAGGAAACAUCUACGCAGACAUGGACCACAGUCAAGGGGUCCCUCAGUUUCCCCCACCCCCAACCUCUGAGUAUCGACCCUACAAUCCAGCAGAGUACGCACCUCAACCCGCGGCACCCGCUGCACCGCCGAUGGGCAAUGAAUACCCUCCCAGAGCCGAGUACGGGUACUCCCCUCAGGUAAAUACAACUUUUCGUUCUCGCAGUGCGACGAUAGCCACGGCGAAUCCAUUCACCCGGGCACAUACGCUUCCGGCCAGGGUAAUGAAUCGAUCCGCCACGGCGCCGUUGGCACAUCUCUUUCCUAUUCAAUCUCCGACUUGGGGUGCUCUUGCGCAUCGCGGCUCUCCGCUUGCGACUUCUUUCUCACCUUCUCUCGAACCGCCAACGGCGGCAUUGCUACGCACCUCUAGUACUAACUCCCCCCAGCCCCAGGGUCAACAAAACACUUCGACUGCACAGUCUUCCUUUGCAGCACGAUAUACUCCGGGUCCUGGGUAUUCUCCAUCCCCUGUGAAUGCUCCCAUCCCCCCGACGAAUCCUUAUCCCACCUACAACCCUGCAGAAUAUGCAGCAGCACCUCCAGCAGGCUACAGAGCGCCGGGUAACACCUAUCCAUCCCCGCCUCCGUUUUAUCGCCAGGAGUCGCGCUCCCAGCCAUCGAUCGCGCCGUACCACGACAACCAGCUGAGCACCUACCAUGAUCCGCCAAGCCGUGAAGACGACGUCUCGUCCUCGCGCCGUCAUAGUCAUAAGCACAGUGACGGGCAUCGCCACAGGGCGAAGUCUGUUGGUCAUCACGGCCGCAGUCGUAGUCGAGUCACUGAGAAGUUCCGUGAUAGGUUCGAUGGACUUGACGAACGUGAACGAGGCUUGGCGGCUUCAGUGGGAGGUGCGUUGGCUGGAGGACUGGCUGGCAACGCUGUUGGCAAGGGCACGCUAAGUACUCUCGUAGGUGCGGCUAUCGGCGGAUUGGGCGGCAGACAGUUGGAGAAGAGACAUGAGAAGUAAGUGGUAUUGAUGAGAAUGAUGAUGGCGGCGACGAACACGACGACGACCACAUGUGGACAGACAUGUGUCGGCGCAUUGUCUACGAUUUGAGUGUUUUGAUAAGCUUGUUACGUUUCAUUUGUUGGCCGCAUGACUGAUUUUCCUUCUUUUCCUUUACA